CCACGGCUCCUCCAUCACCGAUAAAGAAUCCAACACAGGACAAGCUCCAGAGCUAGAACCAUCGCACGCAGACACACGCACGCACAGACAUCCACAGCAUAGGAAAUGGCCGGAGGAAACGGCGAGCUGAAGCUGGUCGGGCAGUGGGCGAGCCCGUUUGUCACGAGAGUGAGACUUGCGCUCGACCUCAAGGGCCUGAGCUACGAGUACGUCGAGGAGGAUCUCAAGAACAAGAGCGACCUCCUCCUCAGCUCCAACCCGGUGCACAAGGCGGUGCCGGUGCUGAUCCACCAUGGGAAACCCGUCUGCGAAUCGUGGGUCAUCUUGCAGUACAUCGAUGAGGCCUUCGCCGGCACCGGUCCUUCCCUCCUCCCGGCCGACCCCUACGAAGGCGCCAUUGCUCGCUUCUGGAUCGCCUACAUCGACAACCAGCUAGCGGCCCCGUGGGAUCGGGUGUUCAGGGCCAAGACGGACGAGGAGAGAGCUGAGGCAAUGAGGCAGACGUUCGCGGCGGCAGACGCCCUGGAGGGAGGCUUGAAGGAGUGCUCCAAGGGGAAGGACUUCUUCGGUGGCGACAGCGUUGGGUGCGUCGACAUCGUUCUGGGGAGCUUGGUCUCGUGGGUGAAGGCCACCAGCGUGCUCGCCGGUGCGGAGCUCUUCGACGCCGCCAAGAUGCCGCUCCUGGCCGCGUGGAUGGAGCGGUUCGGCGAGCUCGACGCGGCCAAGGCGGUCCUGCAGGACGUCGACAGGGCGGUCGAGUACGCCAGGAUGCUGCAGGCAAAGAAUGCCGCCCGGGCUUCAACAACUAACUGAUCAAACCGGCAUGGAGACGACGACGUGACUCGUUGGGUCGGUGAAAAGUACUCGUAUGGAUUUUCAGUUGCGGAUUGCAAAUAAUACAGUGUCGCUGGUGGCCGGCCGUAUCCGUCAGUUGAUCGAUGUGAUAAAAGUAGGGAAUAAGCUAAGGAGAUGUAUGUGCUUGUAUUGUAUAUUGUUCUCGUUGGAGUGUCAGUUGCAUGUUUUGUGUACCCAUUUCUUUCAGUCAAGGUUAUUUUUUCAGAGAAUAAAGGGAUA